AUGGCGUCCAAGUACGGCUUUGCGAAGCAGCUCAAGGAGCUGCGCUUUCUCUUCUGCCAGACGAGCGAGCACAGCGCCGCGACGAGGAGCUUUCUCACCAAAUCGUACCCCACCAUGAAGAAGCACAACCCCUACACGCCCAUCCUCAUCCGGGAAGCGAGCGGCACCGAGCCCAGGCUCUAUGCGCGAUACGAAUUCGGCAAGGAGAAGUCCGUACCAUUGAAGGGGCUGGACGACAAGGCGAUCGAGCAAAAGGUUACCGAGCUGGUUAAGGCUUCGAUAUAGGAGGCCGGACGGGUGGCGCCUGC